CAGCUCCAAGGCUUCACACUCAUUGCCAGGAUACAUACAUGUACAUUCUCCAGAAUCAUGAAAGCAAAUUAUACUACAAGCCUGUUGCUAGAGAAUGGAUGUAAGGUUCAAUUUUUCUUAAGAGACAAACCUGUUGUGAGGAGGUUACAUACUAGAUGUAUGAGCAGAUCUGCUCUAAUUGAGAAAACAAAGGAAGAUGCAAGCAUAACAGAUGAGGACAUAAGAAAUGAACCAGUUGUUGAUAUAGGACAAGUUGAUCCAGCUAGUCACACAGAGUCCAAUAUUGGCCAAUUCUAUACAGUACCAGAAGAAAUUUCCACCAGAGUUCUUUCAUAUUUCUUCACAAAGAGAUUUCAGUCAGAGUGUCAAAUAACAGGAAGUACAAGUUUAAUGAUUAGAAAACCCACAUUAGAGGUCUUACAGCACCUCAAAGGGUUGUCAGAAGAUGCACGUCCACCCCGUAAAUUUAUUUUUUAUGGUGAUAAUGGACAUGGUAAAUCUCUUUCACUUGCUCAUGUUCUUCACUAUUGUUAUUCUGCUGGAUGGUUUAUUCUGCCUGUACCAAGUGUGUUUAGCUGGUGUCAUGGAAAAUCUGAGCUGCAGGUGUCAACACAACAUGCAGAUAGAUUUGACCAACCAGAGCUGGCAUCCGCAUGGCUUCAAAUGUGCCGUUCAAUUAAUAGCAAGUUCCUUACUGAGGUCAAGACAAGCAAGCAAUACCUCUUUGGUAAGCGAGACACCGUGAAAGAAGGAGAGCCAUUUGGAAAAAUCAUAGAUAUGGGUUUUAGAAGAGCUACCUAUGCCACAGAUGCUGUUGGCGUGUUGCUCAAGGAAAUAAGAAAUAAUCCUAGUUUGCGAGUGUUGUAUGCUGUGAACGAGUUCAAUGGAUUUUUCUUGAAAACCACAUUCAAAGAUGCCCAACAAAAUUGGAUAAAGCCCAAGAGACUGAGUUUGAUCCAUCACUUUACAAAACUCUUACAUCCCGAAGAUGGCCUGAAAAAUGGAGCAAUGGUGUUUGCGUUAUCACGCACGGGAAUGUUGAGAAGCUACAUAGAAUCUUAUGAAGUUGCAGAUUUACUGAGAGAGAGAGGUUUAUCGGCAGUGCUGCCUUUCACAAACAUCGAGGUACCCCGUUACUCUAAGGAAGAACUUGAUGCGUGCCUUCAGUUUUUCAAAAAAAGAGGAGUGUUAACAAAAGAUUUAAAUUCCCAACUUACAAAGGAGAUCGCCUUUCUUUCUGAUUAUGAGCCGCCGAUUGUAAGUGCCUUGUGUAGGCGAAGUUAAAAGACUGCCGUCAGUGAAUACCGCGAAAAAGAUUGUAAAUAAAUUCCUUUUGAAACGUGAACUCUCUCUGGUAUCGUUUUUGUCGUAAAAAGGAAUUUGUUGGGCCACAGUAGGUUACCUGUUGAACUAGCCCUCAGAUUGAAGACAUUCCUUGUAGAAGAUCAUGAUCAGGAUUUAUGAUCCAAGAUCACACGCAUCAUUGUACACCAAAGAAUCGAUGAAUGCAUGCCCAGAGUGGAUUCGACGGUUCCUUUGAUUGUAUCAUAAAUACCGAUACAGAUCCUCCCAAAGGAAUGCAGCCCAAACAAGGAAUCCUACUCACGUAACACGUACAUUUUAUCAAUUUUUGAGGCUCAAAGGUUUUAACAACCCGCCAUUUUGUUUUGUUCCGUCAAACUCGAUACAACGGUGCCGAAAGACGACGACGAGCAAACGAAAAAUUCAUUUGAACGUUUGGCCCAGCCUAAAGACCGUAAACCCCUGGUGUAAACAGGAUGAUCAUGAAACCACAGCCUAACCAGAUCAGAUGCGCUCUCCGUUGUCGAAUGUAACUAAUUCGACGCGAAUGCUUUGCCAUUCCAAAUCACGUAGAAUUUUCUGUCCAGUAGCUUCCAGUGUAAGAUGUGACCAGCCAAAGACGAAUCACAGACUGUGAAAAGCCAAAUUCCACCCGAGGCUCUCUCUUCUCCUCUACGAGCAAGAAAGGCAAAGAGAGAGAGCCUGGCUUCGAAAUUGAAAAAGCGCGCUCUGUCUUAUCUUCUGUCGGAAGAGAAGUCGAUAACGGAAGAGAGAGCGAAUCGCUCUGUGUUUGUUUUGUGUUACGCUUGCUGUCUGUGGAAUUUGUUUAUCGUUAUACUGUGAUUUUUCGCGAGCAGUUACGUAAUCAUCCAGGUAGUUACGUAACUCACUUUAAUCCAGUGGUUAAUACGUUAUAUUCGAAGUGUUCCAAGAUGUUUUGGAUAGUUUCUGUAAGGUUUCUACCGUUAAUAAUUCUGGAUUUUGUCUGGAGAGAAAAAUGGCGAUUGUAGAGAGGUGGCCGUUAUGGGGAGGUAUAUGUGCAACGUAACACCCAUUCUUUUCGGGGUGCAACAUUUUCAUUUAAAAAAAAAAUGCUGAUUGUAGCAUAUAAAUAUGUGACGCAA